CGGCUCGCCUGGCAUCCGAGCAGGCCCGGGCGGAGGCGGCUGCGGCGGCGCGGCAGGCGUCCGAGGAGACGAAGGCGGCGCAGGCUGCGGCGCGCGAGGCUGCCCGGCGCGACGCUGACGAGUCAAAGUCCGCCGCCGCCGCGAGCAAGAAGGCGGAGGCGGCGGCGGCGGCGGAGGCGCGGGCGGCCGCAGACGCGCAGAAGCGGGUCGAGGCGGAGUCCAAGAAGGCGGCGGAGGAAGCUGCUCGCAAGGAGGCUGCCGAGGCGAGGGCUGCGGCUGCGGCUCAGCAGAAGACCGAGGCGGAGGCGGCCAAGCAGCGUGCGGCGGAGGAGAAGGCCGAGGCGAAGUCGCGCCUCGAGCAGUCCAAGCUCGACACCGCCCGCCAGCAGCAGGAGGCGCGAGCGGCCGAGGCUGCGAAGAAGGAGGCGGCCGCACGGGAGGCAGCCGAGGCCAAGGCGGCCGCGGUGGCUGCCAAGGAGACUGCGGCGCGGGAGACGGCCGAGCAGAAAGCGGCGGCGGCAGCGCAAAAGAAGUCCGAGGCCGAGGCGGCCAAGCUGGCUGCGGAGACUGCUCGCGCAGAGAAGGCUGCUGCGGCGACGCGGCAGGCGGAGGAAGCCAAGGCGGCGAAGGCGGAGGCGGCGCAGCAGGCGGCCGCGGCGAAGGCCGAGGCGAAGUCGCGCCUCGAGCAGUCCAAGCUCGACACCGCCCGCCAGCAGCAGGAGGCGCGCGCGGCCGAGGCUGCGAAGAAGGAGGCGGCGGCACGGGAGGCAGCCGAGGCCAAGGCGGCCGCGGUGGCUGCCAAGGAGACUGCGGCGCGGGAGGCGGCCGAACAAAAAGCGGCGGCAGCAGCGCAAAAGAAGUCCGAGGCCGAGGCGGCCAAGCUGGCUGCGGAGACUGCUCGCGCAGAGAAGGCUGCUGCGGCGACGCGGCAGGCGGAGGAAGCCAAGGCGGCGAAGGCGGAGGCGGCGCAGCAGGCGGCCGCGGCGAAGGCCGAGGCGAAGUCGCGCCUCGAGCAGUCCAAGCUCGACACCGCCCGCCAGCAGCAGGAGGCGCGCGCGGCCGAGGCUGCGAAGAAGGAGGCGGCGGCACGGGAGGCAGCCGAGGCCAAGGCGGCCGCGGUUGCUGCCAAGGAGACUGCGGCGCGGGAGGCGGCCGAGCAGAAAGCGGCGGCUGCGCAACGUGCGGCGGAAGAAAAGG